ACCAGAAAGAAAGGAAAGGUAGAGUAUUCGGUGCCUAGAAAUCCACGGUUCGCGGACUGCAGUCAGCUAUCGCCGGCGACACGCGUGAGGAGUGCCGAACGACUCGGACGCUGAAUGACAUCGCAAGCAUCGCGCUGAAUCGGCGUCACUUCGCACUGCGCUCUCGAUCCGAUCGUGAGUCUCGGCCUCGUCGGCUCCACACACGGCAAAAGGCAAGAGACGCCGAAAGCAUACCGACUUGUAUACGUCUUUGCAGCGGGGAAGCGCCCUCAAGGCGACCAAAUCCUGACCAGCAAGUGCCGCCUGGGAUAAAAGAUGGCCGCGAAUUCCGUUCCUACUGUGACACUGUCGACGGGGUUCAAAGUGCCAAUUGUUGGCCUUGGAACAUGGAAGUCAGACCCAGGCAAAGUGGAGGAAGCAGUAAAGAUUGCCAUUGACGCUGGCUACCGACACUUUGAUUGUGCCCUUGUCUAUCAGAAUGAAAAUGAAGUGGGCAGGGCCAUCAGUGCAAAGAUUGCUGAUGGAACUGUGUGUAGAGAUGACCUGUGGAUCACCAGCAAGCUGUGGUGCACAUUCUACACUCGUGCGAGAGCAGUUGAAGGAUGUGAGCUGUCUUUGAAACUGUUGGGUCUGAACUACCUUGACCUCUACCUCAUGCACUGGCCAUUUGGUUACAAGGAUGGCACUGACUACUUUCCACGUGAUGCUGCUGGGGAAAUAAUUGACGGUGAUGUGGAUUACGUUGAAGUUUGGAAGGGAAUGGAAGACUGUGUUGCCAAAGGCUUGGUACGAAGCAUAGGUGUCUGCAAUUUCAACAAGCAGCAAAUGGCCCGACUUUACGAGUCUGCUACAAUAAAGCCAGCAGUUUUGCAGGUGGAAUGCCAUCCAUAUCUGAACCAGAGUGAGCUGCUCAACUUCUGCCAAGAGCACAACGUGGCGUUAACUGCUUACAGCCCACUUGGCUCUCCUGAUCGGCCAUGGGCAAAUCCUGAUGAACCAGUUCUCUUGGAAGACCCUGUAAUCAAGUUCAUUGCUGAGGCACACGGCAAGACAACAGCUCAGGUUUUGAUUCGUUAUCAAGUUGAAAGAGGAGUUAUCGUCAUACCAAAAAGUGUCACAAAGGAGAGGAUCAUUGCAAACUUUGAUAUUUUUGACUUCAACCUUACUCCUGAAGAGAUGAAAACAAUCGAUAGCUGCAACAGAAACUUCCGAUAUGUUCUUGUGACCUGGUCACUUAAGCACAAGUACUACCCUUUUCAUGACACAUCAUAAAAUUGCAGCACUACCCUGUGCUGUUUUUUAUGACACCAACUCACCAGUAGGUAGCAGUGCUUGGCUAUUUAGAACUAGUUUUAUUUGGAAGCACAUAUAUGCAGCGACUCUAUUAGAGUUCUGACUAUGACUCCAAACAAAGCUUCAAAAUUUUUUGUGACCACUACAAGCAAACAUCUAAAUUACUGGGUUCCUCAUAUCAUUACACAAUAGGAGCCUCAUUCACUCUGUGGAUGUUAUCGCAGUGACUACAAUUACAUGAUAAUGAGCUGUUCAGAGUUCAGCUCUUAAUAGUCCGUUGCUACGGUGAACGUCGGCAUAACCGAGCGAAAGAGCGCCGCGAAGAAUGAAAGUGAACACGGAGCACAGUGGUAGAUGAAAGAAAGGCCAUAGCAAAGAGAGGAAGAGGAAAGCGCAGGAGGAGGGUGCAGUGGAAUCAUAAGGUGGAAAGCAGAGAAGCAGAGGGGAGCCAGCCUACGCAUGCACUGAGUUGCCAGCA